AUGAAACAAGACUCUGAACACACUGUUGUGAUACUCGGCGCUGCGUACGGUGGGAGAAGAUGUGCUCAGACUUUAGCUCAGAUCUUACCUCCCGGUUGGAGAUUAGUGGUCAUUGAUAGGAAUACACAUUUUAAUCACGCAUAUGUUUUCCCACGUUAUACUGUCCUAUCUGUCCACGCUCCAAAAGCUUUCGUACCCUAUAUCAAAUCUUUUCUUCCAGGUCCAUUCGUCGUCGAAUCUGCUGAACUUACCCAACCUGUCCAAUCUACUCAGCCCGUUCAAUCCACCCAAUCUACUCAACAUACUCAGCCUGUUCAAUCAACUCAAUAUACUCUAUCUGGCCAAAACAUCACUCCUGCAACACAACCUACCUCAAACACCUCACCCACAGAUGACAAGGAGAGCUGUAGAGAUGUGCUUGGAGAAGAAACUAUUCAUUUCGAUUACCUAGUCUACGCCCUAGGUGCCACUCUCCCCGCUCCGGUGGACGUAUGGGGUGGUGAAUUACAUCCUCAAAUAGGACAUCAGGACGAACCGUUGGGUCAUAAGAUCAGAGGAGUUAGGUUUAUGGAAGCUCAGGCGCAAGUUUAUAAGAAAGUAAAGAGUGUUAUUGUUGUUGGAGGGGGAGCGUUGGGUAUACAAACCGCCACGGACAUCAAAGAUGUUUACCCCGAUAAAGAGGUCACUUUGGUUCAUUCUCGAGCUCAGCUAUUACCCAUCUACCCUAUGGAGAUGCAUGAAGGGAUCCUUCGAAACUUGAUCAAGAUGAACAUCCGAGUCAUCCUCUCUGAAAGAGUCAUCGAAUGGCCUCUUCAUCCCGGUAUCCCAUCCACCCCCAAUUCGAAAACUAUCCGUACCACCUCCGGUAGAACCCUCACAUCCGAUCUGGUCCUAGUCUGUACGGGUCAAAAACCCGCCACGACUCUCAUGUCCUCUCUCCUCCCCGAAAGCGUGGAUGAGAAAACAGGUAGGAUCCGAGUGCGACCCACGAUGCAACUAGAGAGGAUAGGAUGGGAGAACUGGUUUGCCAUUGGGGAUUGUGCGGAAACUGGGUCCAUACAAGCGGGUCAUGUCGCUUGGUGGCAGGGUAUGAUAGCGGCUAGGAAUGUGGUAAGGUUGAUCAAAGGGGAAGGGAAUUUGGAGGUUUAUGAGAAACAUGGACCUGCCAUAAAGGUUACGUUGGGAUUGAAUAACGCCAUCAUCUCCAAUUCUGACGGAGUGCGUGAGACAGAAGAAGGUGUGGAAGAUCUUCACGCGGACAUGUUAUGGUGA